GUUACAUUUCAGUGAAGUGCGGUAGAUGACGAAUAAGAUUUAAAUAAUUCAAAGUUGAAAAAAUUAAAGGAGAAAAUUGCGAUUAUUUGGAGGAAACAAAAUUUACUUGAUAACAUGUUAGAGGACGGAUUUGCUACUAUUAUUCUACAUACAUUGUCUACUGUGACAUUUUUCAUACUCAUAUUAAAUUUCUUUCGAUACCUUGUAGGAGAGCCUCGUAUUCAUAUUAGAGAUGUUACCAAAGAGCAUAAUUGGAAAUCUAUUAGAAGGGAAACCAAGGCAUAUUACUGUAGCAUUUGUGAAAGCUUGUUAUUAAAUAUUAGUGGUUUGAUCUGUGAUUCAUGUGGUGUUUGCGCGGAUCCUACGUGUGUUAAGGUUGCAGAUAAACAAUUAAAGUGCAAAGUUAUUACUCUAAGUACAAACGAGCCAAUGAAACAUCAUUGGAUAAGAGGUAAUUUACCUCUCAUUGCUACGUGUGACAUAUGUAAUGAAGAAUGUGACGUGGAACCUGGAUUAACAGAUUGGUGGUGCUGUUGGUGUCAGAGAUGUGUCCACGAUACUUGCAAAUCUGAGCUUUCUAAAAUAUGUGAUUUUGGUAAAUUUAAAUUAAUGAUAAUUCCACCAAGUAGUUUAGAAGUAAUGAAUCUACGAAGUACUGUAAGACGUAGAUUUCCUCUUCGUUCAGUUAUACCUCCAAAUUGGCCUCAGUGGAAUCCUCUUAUAGUUGUUGGAAAUAAAAAAUCUGGUAAUAAUGAUGGAGCAGAAAUUUUAUCUUUGUUUAGAAGAUUGUUAAAUCCUGCUCAAGUUGUUGAUUUAUCAGAACGCGAUCCAGUUGCUGCUCUUGAAUGGUGUCGUUUACUUGGAAAAGUAGCGUGUACUAUCCUUGUAGCAGGUGGAGAUGGAACAAUAGCUUGGUUACUAAAUGCUAUUCAUAAACUUGGAUUGGAGCCAGUUCCAUCUGUAGCUAUAAUUCCUUUGGGAACAGGAAAUGAUUUAUCAAGAGUACUAGGAUGGGGAAAAGAACAUGAUACAAAUGAAGAUCUUACACAUGUUCUACAGAAGAUACGAGUAGCACAAAAAGUGAAACUUGAUAGAUGGACUGUGAUAGUAAAACCGUAUGGUGGAUUGGGACUUAGGAGUUCGCAUCAAACGUUCUAUAUGUAUAAUUACCUAAGUGUGGGAGUUGAUGCACAAGUAACACUAAAUUUUCAUCGUACUAGAGAGAGUCGUUUUUAUUUUUAUAGCAGUAGAUUGUUUAAUAAGCUAUUAUACUUAUGUUUUGGUACCCAACAAGUGGUGGAACGAGAAUGCAAAGAUCUUGAUAAAAAUAUAGAAUUAUAUUUAGAUGACAAAAAAAUAGAUUUACCUUCUAUUGAAAGUAUCGUGAUACUAAACAUUCCAUCGUGGGCUGCUGGUGUUAAUCUUUGGAAUAUGGGAUUAGAAGAUCAUGAAGAAUAUGGAGAACAGAGUAUCAACGAUGGAAAGUUAGAAGUAGUUGCACUUUAUUCUUCAUUCCAUAUGGCUCAACUUCAAGUAGGACUGUCCCAACCUUAUCGACUUGGACAAGCUAGAAACAUAAAGAUAAAGUUAAUAAAGUCUUGCGCAGUACAAAUUGAUGGUGAACCAUGGUACCAACACCCCUGUGAAUUCAACAUUACACAUUGUAACAAAGCAACUAUGCUUGUGAACAUGGUUGAAAACUCUAUUUAA